AGUCCAAKACAGGGGGGCGGAGACACAGCGCUGAGAUGGGCGGAGACUCGUUUCUGAUUGGCCAGCGUGCGUUCUUCGCUUCAGCCAGGAUUUGGUCCGGAAGAACUCCCGGUAACCGAGCGCUGUUUGCUGGGCGGCAGAUUUCGUGCGUUGUGAACGUAAUGGGCACGCCGUAGUUCUACUAUUAUUGUUAUUCAGAUGAUUUGAAGUUUUUUUUUUGUGCGAGUCUGUGAUAGUUUAUUACUAGCUGGUUGACAACGGUAGCAUUAAUGUCUYUCCGAUCAGACCUUCAAAGAGGUUAAUAGUUACGUGACUUGUCUUGUAGCUAAGGUGAAGAUAUGAGGCGAUCCAGAACKGCAUCAACGACACGAACCUAGAAUGGAAUCAUUCAUGGAUAACUUCAGAGAGAGGAGUGAAGUGGAACGGGAGUGGCUGCAAGAGCUAUUCGUGUUCGUGAGGGACAAUCUGUACCCGGUUCUCGGUCCAUCCACCGGUAGUGUUUCCCCGGAACAGCUCUCUUUAGCCAUGAUACGGAGAGUGGAACGGGCGGUGGGGUCCUCGUGUGCCCGGUCUCUGCCGCUCAGUUACAGGCUCAUCUCCGUAUCCGAGCUGGUUACCUGGCAACGCACACCCUGCUGUAGCAACCUGACCUGGAGCACCGCUCAGCACAGAGAAUGGGUCCGGGAGGCGGAGCAGGCUCUGCCCAAUCACGAGGCUUUGCCGCGUGCCAACCUGUUGCUGAUAGGCUGUCUCAGUGAUGGGUGUGACCCAGAGUGGUCAUGUGACGGAGCGUGGCGUGUGAGGGACGCCACCGGGACCGUGCACUGUGAGCUACUGAGCCCCUCCCCUCUCUGGCUGGGCCUGCCCGUUCUCUUCCCCUGCUGGAACUACAUCCCCCAGCCUGCACCGGGGAAGGACCAGGAAGUGGAGGAGAGGGGCUACCUGGAGCUGGUUGGCUGUCCCCUACCCCUGACCUCUGACCCUGAGAUGACCUUUAACCCUGCAGGGGUCAACCUGAAGAGAUCUGUGGGGGUCAGAGAAGCUGCAGGACUGAUACAGCACAGGGUGCGAGGCCUUCGUGUGAAGGUGUAUGGGGAGGUUUCUGGAGUAUAUCCUCGACUGAACAUCGCAGGGAAGUCCUUCUUCUGUCUCCGUCUGAGAGAGGGACGACACACACUACCAUUCCAUUGCUGCGUCACUG